CCGUUACUCCGUUUUGCUCCACUCGCGCAUACCAAAUUUUUAAUCUGCUCCGUUCCUGAUUCCAUUUUAAAUUUUCUACCUUAGACAACUGUUCUAUUUUCAUAAUUGAGAAAAAUUCUAAAGUAAAAAAUAAUGUUACUAAUUUUAAUUGUGCUUGAAAGGCAACAAUCACCUUGUCUGGUGGGAAUCGAUCACAGUUGUUGAUUAUCAUAGAGCUGCUUAGCUGAAGGGAAAAGCCUUUCCACAAUGGAGUACAAUUGUGUACAAAACUCAAGUGUUAAUGCAUAAAGUAAGGAGAGGAGGUGUCAAAAAUAUAAAGAUGUGGCAAUUACUGAAAAAAUGAGGUAUUCAGCUUUCCAAGAGGAUGGCUAUGGGGUUGGCUUGGGGCAGGAAACACUCCCCAAUGAAGUGGACGAAAGCAUGAUGGCUGCCACUGGGGACUUAGAACCAGGUGGUGGCAGUGCCACAGAGGAAGGUUCCAUGAUAUCCAACCUUCCUUUGCUAUUUGCCAAUGGAUAUCCCACAUCUUUAGAAAAGAUCACAUUGUCGGAGUUGGAACGAUUUGUUACAUUCAUGGUUCAGUGUUCUUUGGGACAUGACACAGCAGAGGUGAUUAGCGAACCUCAGUGGUGGCCCAAAGAAAUUAAAUUUUCCAUUCCAAUAGUGAGACCCAAGAAAGUCAAUGAAACAUACAUGAGUAAUUUGAAGAAACUAGUUUUCCGAUGCUACACGUACCACAGAAGCGAGUACCUUCUUCGCUUUUGUGCGUACUUAGCACAGUAUCCACGUGAUAAACUAGAAUAUGUAAAUAACUGGGACUCAACCACAAGCCUAUAUUUAAAAACCACUGGAAAACUGCUUGUUACUUUCCGCAAUGAAAAUAUGAAUUAUGAUAAAAAAAUCGAACAGCCAAGGAGAAUGCUCUUAGCAUUGGCUAAGUCGAAGAAGAAUCAACCAAACAGCACAAAAUGUUUACGAAGACGUUCAGCGAAGCAGGCACCAUCACCAGCGAUGGUCGAGCCAGCCAUGGAGGACAUCUAUCUCUGCGACAAUUGCGACGACGAAUUCGUCGGUCUCGACAAAAUGAAGGAACACGAAAAGCUGUGCUACCGUGUGGAGCCGCGACCGCCGACGCCGGAAUACGAGGAGGUUCCGGAAGUUAAGCAGGACCAGUUCAUGGAAUACUUCAAACUCAAAUCGACAACAACCCCAGCAACAAAUCAUAACCGAGAUACCAGCAACAAAACUCUACCAUACGAUCCAAUCUCGCAAACGCGAACAUCCUCGCGAAUACGUGGCUCGAUCAAUCUGACACGUUGUCCAACCAUACCCUUCUCAUCGCCAGCUGGACUUGCACUUGGUAAAAAGUCUAAGAUGAUGACUGAAACUAUACAACAAGAGAGGCUCGACAGGAUAGAGAGACAUUUGACUGCACCACCACUCUCGUUGGCUAUAAAACCCAAGUGGCUUGCUAAGACCUACGAAUUCGACAGAUGGUCUGUUACCUAUAAACCCAAACAGCAGCCUGCCGACAAAACUAAUAAUAACACCAAUAACGCUGGCAAGAUUGCAGACGAGUAUGUGCAUCAGUACAAUUUCCACAACUACAAACGCAAGCCGAUGAUCGACAUCCGUUCGCAACUGUUGUAUGUAGCCUGUAAACCGCUUUAUGUAAAGAUGAUCGAGCAAACUGAAGAGGAACUCGAGGAGUUAAAGUUCAACCCGUCCAGAUACAGGACCCCAACGCCAGAAGUACCACGUAUACGAGAAAGAUCGCCGUCAAUUGAACAAGACUACGACCCUUUGCCAGGUGACGAGAGCAAUCCGAUCAUCAUUGACCUCGACGACGAUGACGACGACUUUAAUUACUCUCAUCCGGCACGUCAACCUAUGCCAAUGGAACUUGAUCGUCCAGCAAUACCUAUCUUACCAUCAAUAAAUCAACAAUUAUCACAUUGCAAAAGUCGCUCGGUAGCAAAGGUAGCACCAACGAGGCGAGCAGCAGAAAGACGACCGAAAUCUAUGCCUGCUUCUGCUGCUGCUGCCCCUGCUUCCAAGUCAAUAGUUGUUGUGGAUUUGAUUUCCGACGAAGAAGAUGAGAACUGCGAUCCUUUGCAGAGUGGUGGCUCCUCCGCUCCGGUACCCGUCACCGAAGUGAUACGCGUUGAUCCUAAUCUUAUGUGCGGCUCAAUUGUCACCUCGAGCAAGCUUUUGCCAACAGGAAAACCUUGGGGCAAAUGGUACACCAGUGUGAACUUCGAUGGUAGAUGUGGAUUCUUACGCAAAAGUACCCCUUGAAGACAUGUUGCAUUGGUUAAAUUACCCGUGGCCACGCAUGCGCAUUAGACGUGAUUUCAGAUCGAUUCGCUAGAGGAACGUAUUUUCGGAUUUUAAUUCCAGAUUUUUUAUUUUUAUUUGCCAUCCAUGAGCUCCAAUUAUUCGUUCUUCUGUCUAAAGAUUAAAAAUCACGCGUGUUCUUUGCUAUUCAUAAGAAAAAUUCUUGAUUUACUUUUGACUGGCAGGAAUAUUUCAUUCUAAAAAUAAAAAUUUUGUUUUUAUAUUAACCAGCGGGCAACGAUAAUUUUAUCUAUGUUGCGUUAGGCAGUGGUAAUUUUUCUUCAAACUAGAAUCAAGGUGAUAAUCUAAUUACUAUGCAAAAAUAAAUGGAAUUAGUUAUAUUUUGCUGACGUCAGGUGUUUUAAAAAACUACACGUGAAAUAAGGCUAGUUGAAAACGAAGAAAAAUUGUUUGUUUGCAACUACAGUGUUGCUAGACAUGAAACGUAUUAAAAUUUCUGUAUAACUGCAAUAAUACAAAAAGUAUAGAAAUUGUACAUGAAAAUGUGAGAGGUUGCAUUUUGAAAGUGAACAACUAUGUUUUGUGAUGCCAUUUAACUCCCUGGGGGUCGUUUAAAUCAGGUUGUACGCGAAUUUUGCUGCGAAUUUGUUGAUUUUCAUUCAAACUUAUGAUAUUUCAAGAUUUGAUAAAUCCAUUGACUCUGUGUAAAUGCUUAGUUCAAAUGUCAUUAAAUGACUAAUUUUAAUUAAUACUAUAAGAAAAAUAUUUCAUUCUCAAGAUCUUCGCUGACUUUGUAAUGUUUUCUAUUUAGUAUUCAUAUCAUUCAUUAUGUUAUUUUUGAGUUUUCAUUCACAAAUAAAUUCUAUACUAAGAGUCAAAGGAAUAUAGUCACUUUUCCAAACAGACAAGUAUAAACAACAAACCAUGUUUUCACAUAUUUUAGAACGUUUAUUUAAAAGAAAACGUAUUUUGUUGAGUAUACAUUUGUGUUUGAAAUGUGAGUGACGUAUUUACUGAACAUGAAGUUAAAAUUGAGUAAAAUUAUUCAAGCUUAUAAUGAAGAAUAAAAAUGUUGAAUGAAUUUCGUUCAUUUUUCAUGUUUAUUACUUGGAUGAAAAUUCAAAAAAUUGGAAACAAAAAACAAACUUUCUUAAUUCUAUUAUUAAUUAGUUAUAAAGUUCAUUUUAUUGAUGCAGUUGAACUAUAAUCAUCUUAAAAUAAUUUUACAACUUUUUCUUUAAUGAACAUGUAUGCCA